UGUGAAUACUUCAUUUUUCUUUAAUAUAAAAAAGAAAAAGGUUUCCGGUUUGCAGUCCGAAUUUUCAGGUCUCUCCCCAAACAUCUGCCUAAACGCCAUCCCCAAACGCAAAAUGACAACCUCUUUCCCUCGCUUGCUCUCCACCGCAUCCAACCCUACUCUCCUCCGCACCGGAUCCGAACACCUGACUCGUUCUGUUUCCAACUCAGUGACACGCCUCCUCUUCUCCUCCUCGACUCAGCACCACCACCACAACAACACCGUUAGGGAUCAACCACAGACACCGGCGCCAGAAUCUCUUAAACAAAGCGAAAAGGAACAAGAAGAAGAAGAUGACGGCGACGAAAUUGAUCUGAACAAAGAAACGGGCGAGGUCGGUGGACCCAAAGGGCCUGAGCCCACAAGGUAUGGCGAUUGGGAACGCAAUGGUCGCUGUUCUGAUUUUUGAUAUUUUUCUUCACUUUACCAUUAGCGUUACCAUAAUAUAAGUAAUAAUUUGUGUAUUUCUCGUUCAAUAUUUCAAGAUUCACUGCGAAUUCUUUUGGUUCUUUACUGUUUUAUAUAUUUAUAUGUAACUGAGAUUGGAACAAAUCAAUUUGUUGCUUGUAUGAUCUCUAGAAAUAAAUUAGUGGUUUGUGAUU